AUGGCAGAUUCUAAAGAUGCUGGAAUGGAUGCUGUUCAGAGACGUCUCAUGUUCGAGGACGAAUGCAUUCUUGUUGAUGAAACUGAUCGUGUUGUGGGGCAUGACAGCAAAUAUAAUUGUCAUCUGAUGGAAAAUAUUGAAGCUAAGAAUUUGCUUCACAGGGCUUUCAGUGUUUUUUUAUUCAACUCGAACUAUGAGUUGCUUCUCCAGCAAAGGUCAAAUACAAAGGUUACCUUCCCUCUCGUGUGGACAAACACUUGUUGCAGCCAUCCUCUUUACCGUGAAUCAGAGCUUAUCGAGGAAAAUGCUCUUGGUGUGAGGAAUGCUGCACAGAGAAAGCUUCUCGAUGAGCUUGGUAUUGUAGCUGAAGAUGUACCGGUCGAUGAAUUCACUGCAUUGGGACGCAUGCUUUACAAGGCUCCAUCUGAUGGCAAAUGGGGAGAGCACGAACUUGACUACUUGCUCUUCAUUGUGCGGGACGUGAAGGUUAAACCAAACCCGGACGAAGUAGCUGAUAUCAAGUAUGUGAGCCAGGAAGAGCUGAAGGAGCUGGUGAAGAAAGCAGAUGCAGGGGAGGAAGGUCUGAAACUGUCUCCGUGGUUCAGAUUGGUGGUGGACAAUUUCUUGAUGAAGUGGUGGGAUCAUGUUCAGAAAGGAACACUGGGUGAAGCUAUCGACAUGAAAACCAUCCACAAACUCUGA